AUGUAUAAGAUUUUAUCAAAAUAUUGUAGAAUGAUAAAUAUAAUUCAAAAGAGAGAGAUAGAAAGUGGUAGUAAUGUCUUACGCUCAUAUCCUGCUGAAUGCACCGGAUCCCGUCCGAUCUCCGAAGUGAAUCAGCUGCGAGCUAUCUUAGUACUUGGAUGGGAGACCUCCUGGGAACCGUUAGUGGCUAACAUUUUAAUUUUUUUUUUAUAA